AUGCGGCGUUUCAUGACACGACCUGCCAUAACAGAUCACACCGAGCCGAGAACAAUUGCUCUUGGGACUGGAACAGGCGCCAAAGGGGGAGCUACUGUUGAGCUUGGAAUCGUGAACAAAACACGCGCCGGCGAAAUUGAGGCUAUUCGGCCGAAAGAUUUGACCGCGGAAGGACGGGAUGAGCCGCGAAUUCUAAGAUCCUUGGAGGUCUUCCGAAAGUUCGCCUAUUCCGUGACUAGUAUUUCUGAUUGGCAACAGGCUGUUAUAGAUGCUACGGGCAAUUAUUACGCAGGUUAGUC